UUUAUUUGUGGAGAUGGUGUUAUUCUGAGUUUGGGAUGAGGCGAAACGGAAAUGCAACCCUGCACUGACGACGAUGAAACGCUGCCAGCUAACAGGUAUCAAUGCGGGAAGAAGAUGGAAUGUCAGCGGUUGACCGAAAUCUAGCGAAAAGUUUCAAAAAGUUCAACUAAACUCUCUAUACGAUAGAACUUGAUCCGUGAACAUAACAAUCCUGGCCGGAUUUACUGCAUCGCCGCUGCUCUCCUUUCCGCCUCCGUCUUCACCUCUGCACUAAACGCUUCAAAGUUUCUCUUCGCACUUCUUCCUAUAAUCCAGCCCGGCUUCCAAAGAAAGACAAUGAAUCCGUGCCAGUUCUCCCUCUGCGUAAACGUCGUCCCCCCAGGAGCCUUUGUGCUUGCCCUCCAGCUGAACUCAUGACGACCCGUGACAAGCGGCCACAAACCGCCUUCCCACUCGAAAACAUCAGGGCCGUUUCUCUGAGACUGGUCAGCCAUAUGAUUUAGAGGAGCUGAAUGGAAUUACUGACGAUGAGAGUGGCUGUGAGCUUGGCGUCUUUGACGUCGACCCUCAUCUUUUCCAUGGGCAUCAAGUCAUCGAUCUUUUUGGAUGAAGUCACUGGUUCGAUGGACCAGCUGCUCCAUUCUGGGAAACGAGGAAAGUCUUUGAACUAUAUGUUAUUAGAUAUGGGUCAAAGCUAUCGGGUACCGCCUUACAAGUGAUUUGACGACCUCAACUGAAGCAUCGAUCUCGACUUCAACAACCAAGGAUGCCCUUUGGCCCAUGACGACUUGGCUUGGAACAGAACUUACCUGUGUACCAUUCGUCCACUACAAUCUCAUGACACUUGGGGGUAUGUUCAUGCAGCAUCUGGGAUAUAUGUGUCUCUGGCAACGGACUUGUCGGACUUUGCCAUGGAGCAGAGUGUCAGCGGAGGUAAGAUAUCUGAUUUCGGGUAAGCUGACAGGAAGGAAUGGGUAAUUUCCCAAAGUGGCACCUCCUCGCACCUGCGGUUCUGCGAAGGAGUUGGCCAUGCUACAUCUGUAUCGCGGAUUGCGAUGUUCUCCUUGUCUCAUGACCGAAUUGAGGAUUCGGCCAUGAUGAUUUGAGCUACAUGAUGCCCGAAUCGUUAACGGGAAGCAUCAUCAUCGCAAAGAUCUUUGUAUACUAGGUAAGCGAGCUUGAAAACUCGAUAAAUUGAUAACGAGUGGUUGUUGUCAAGAUAGUCUAUGUCUCUUGCCAUGUGCCGUGCAAUGACCAAUAACCAAUUUAGUGGCGGACAAGGAGUUCACGGCACGGCAAUUGAUCCAGCUGCGACUCCGGAACCUACGGAAGUAUGUCGGACUACAGCCGCAUUUCACAGCGUUAUUGUUACGAGCAUCUCACAGCUCCUUCAGCGAACGAUAUGCUCAUGGUACGAUUUGGUCUAUGUAGCCGGCAGGAUUCACUUGAGCUCUCACUGUUCAGAUUUGGUCGAGCUCGUGAACUGCAAGCUCAAGCUUAAUCCGGAUGCGGGGUCAGUUGCCGAUGGUGGCACGGGGAGGUUCAAGAUAAGAUAACCACCGCCCGCCGCUUCAAGGCGUGCGCGCUGUGGAAUGAAAUGAGACGUAACAUUACAUUACAUUACAUUGUGACCGAUGAAUCAUCUUAAUUGUGUUUGUUGUGUCGCUACAGCGAUCCACGUGGCUACCGAGAUGCCGAGUUAAACAGAGAGGGGGAGAAAUCUUAUCCACCAAAGUCUUACAAGGAAGCUAUAAGCUCAAUGCUACUUAGAACUUGGCAUCACCAACGCUUCACGAACAUUGACCUCUACUCAAUCUACAGCAGUCACAAUGGCACCUACGGAACUUACCCCAGAGCUAUCUCAGCUCUUCCAAAGCAUCGAAACCCGCUUCAGAGACACCCAGCUAGGCGACCAGCGCUGGUAUCUCCUCGUCAUCUCCUGUCUCUCCGCCAGUCCCGACCCCGAAGCCGCAGCAGCUCUCUACCAAUACCUCACCCGCCAAGAAGCCUACCAGACCAGCGAAUCACGCCAGGCUCUCAUACGACGCCUCCGCGAAGCCCUCGUCAAGACCAUCAUCCUCGUCGGCGUGUGCAAGCCCCUCGAAGCCAUCUUGUCGAUCAUGAAGGUCGAGAAACCCGAGGACCGAGACUUUGGCCAAACGCGCGACGGAUGGCAGGCCGAUCAGGCAAACCACGACCGCGGAAUCGAUUGGUUCAAGAAAGUGUACACUCGAAACGCGGGGGAUACGAUGGGAUUGUUUGACGCGCACAAGGACUUUGCGUGGGUUUCGGCGGAGAUUACAUAUGGAUUGUUUCUAUCGGAUCGGCAGGUUUUGGACGAUACGGACACGCAGCUGGUGGUACUGCCGGCGAUCAUGAGCCAGAAUCUCCCGCUGGAGACGCAUUGGCAUAUUCGGGGAACGCGACGAAUCGGGGUGUCGAAGGAGGAUGUCCAGGUCAUAUGGGAUAGUGUUAAGGAAAUGUCAAAGUUCUUUGGGGUCGAAUUGCACAAGGUGCCGACGGUGGACGAGGUUGAACCUGAUGUAUAGACAGAUUGGUAUAGACACCGACGUCACGGUGGAUCAAUACAGGCAGGAAAAAAUAGAUCUUUGACGGACCAAUACAUCACUUGCGCAAGGA